CCACUGCUUCAGGGAGGGGAGGCAAUUACAGCCAGGGGCUGGGAGGCCUGACAGCAGGUCUUGGGCGUGGGGGGCGUGGCACCCUGAGGGGUGGGGGGCUGGAACAAACAGGACACCUGGGUUUAUCUACAGGCGGCGGAUGUUGGCGCCCUUAAGGAGGGCAGUCUUCCGGGCGGGGCUGGGGCGGAGUCAGUCUUUAAAAGCUGUUCCCAGGUCUGGCCCGCCUGCCGCAAAAGCUGAGCCCAGGUGGGAGAGGUCUGUGGCAUCUGCGCUUGGCAGCUGCGGCAACUCCGGAGACCACAAAGCGCUUUAUGGUUUACCCCCUCCACGGAAGGUCGGUCUGGUCACAGCUGCGGGCCGGGGAGAGGAACCGGGGGUCCCCCCAGUCAGGAGGCCUCAGGGCAGCACCACUUCAGUGCGGGGACACCAGACAGCGGAUUUGGCAUUCAGCUCUCCUAAAAGUGUGCCGAACUGGUUGGAAGCAAAGGCUCCAGUUUAAACGCUGGACUUUAGGGAUGAAAUAUACUUUUUAGAAACCCAAGUUCCUCGGCAACGACUCCAGACUGGGAAGACCCUUCCAUUUUCAGGAUCGACGCUUCACGUUGAGGGGAGGGCAUUCAGGACGCCCUCUUAAGGCUUCUCCCGACCCAUGGCGCUCCCGGGCUCCUCACAGGACCAGGCCUGGAGCCUGGAGCCUCCGGCUCCCACGGCUGCUGCCUCCUCGUCUUCGGGACCCCAGGAGCGGGAGGGUGCUGGGAGCCCCGCAGUCCCUGGGGUGCUACCCCUGGAGAAGGUGAAGCGGCCGAUGAACGCGUUCAUGGUAUGGAGCUCCGCUCAGCGCCGCCAGAUGGCGCAGCAGAACCCAAAGAUGCACAACUCCGAGAUCUCCAAGCGCCUGGGCGCGCAGUGGAAGUUGCUGGGCGAGGACGAGAAGCGGCCCUUCGUGGAGGAGGCCAAGCGGCUCCGCGCCCGGCACCUGCGCGACUACCCCGACUACAAGUACCGGCCUCGGCGCAAGGCCAAGAGCGCGGGCGCCGGACCUUCCCGCUGCGGACAGGGAAGAGGCAGCCUGGCCAGCGGCGGCCCACUCUGGGGGCCAGGGUACGCGACCACCCAACCCAGCAGAGGUUUUGGGUACAAACCCCCCAACUACUCAACAGCCUACUUGCCUGGCAGCUAUGGCUCUUCCCACUGCAAACUGGAGGCCCCCUCACCGUGCUCCCUCCCUCAGAGUGACCCUAGGCUCCAGGGGGAGCUGCUGCCCCCCUAUGUCCCCUAUCUGCCCCCAGGCUCUCCCACUCCAUACAACCCUCCCCUUUCUGGUACCCCCAUGCCCCUAACCCACCUCUAACCCUCAUGGAUGCAGCCCUCACCAGAUCAGCCUCCUCUUCCUUUUUUUAAACCAGCAGCAUUCCCUACCCCAGGCGGCCGACCCUUUCCUGUAUUGGACUACAGUUCAGGGGCUGCCUGCAGUCCUCCCAUGGAAGCCAGGGAGAGCAGCACACAGUUGUAUUUUUGGUAGUAUUAAACACAGUUUUGUAUUAUUCAA